AUGACGCCGCGUCGCGAUGACGACACAACUACUUAUGACCCAUAUACCGGUGUCCUUCCCGUCCUACCACCCGAUGCACAACUGCCCGACAAGAACCCGCGCAGUAAUGCCGCAACCGCUGCCUCAGCCGCCGGCGUGCGUGCCCUGAGUGCUCAAGCCAUCGCUUUUUACUUUCGCGCCCCAGUCAAGGCAUUUUUUCGGACACGCGUUGAUUACCUAGCCUACGCCCGUAGCGUUCAUCAGGCUCAAACAGAGCUACUUGCCCAGGCCGCUGCGAAGGAGCCCGGGUCCCGUCUCAGUCACACCCUCAAUCAAGCAUGGUUCUAUUUGAGAGGUACCACGCCUGGUGUACUUACCUCUGCUGUUAAGCAGCAUGGCUGGGGUGUACUUCCGCAUCAGGUGCUUCCACCUCUCAUCGCGAAUGUUGGCGUCGGCGCUGUGCUAUACACCAGCUACUUGCAGAUCCUAGGCACCUUGCAUGAAGAGAGCGGCAAGUCAAGGAAAACAGUGUACCCGCCGCCGCAGCCUUACCAAACCUUCACUGCGGGAUUACUAGCUGGAGGUCUGCAGAGCUUUAUGGCUGCACCCUUGGAUGCAAUCCAGGCGAGAUACGAUCACAAGGACCUCAUCACCAGCGAUGGUGGAAAGCCAAAGAGUAUGUGGACUUUUAGUGCGGAGAAGCUGAGGGAAAUUGGGCCACGGGGUAUCUUUGCGGGCUGGGGCUUGUCCCUCCUGAAGGACAGUAUGGGCAGUGCCAUCUUCUUCAGCGUAUUCGAGUACGUUAAGGCGCAGGGCUACUACAAAUUUGUCUCGUGGUAUUAUGGUGGACUAGAGGAACACAUUGUCGAUUUUCUCGCUCAGAAACGACCAACGGGCAAGGAUGUUCUCGGGGAAGACAGUCAACCGCUCAUCAUCAGACCUCACUACGCUAUUGAACCUGCCUUCUUGCUGCUUGCCGGAAUCAGCGCCUCAAUCACCCAACAAGUCGUCCUUCACCCGUUAACACAUGUACAGGUCGAGCACUGGGACCGGUUAGAAGAGCUCGACGCCAAAGCUGCCAGACUAAGAGAACUCCGAGGAACAGAUCCGAACCACCAGAAAACUGGAUGGAGGAUGUUUAGAGCCUACUACCGCGCUUAUAAAGAAACUUGGUCCGAAUGCCGUUUGGAAGCGGCGAAGGAAGGACUGAGCAUGAGGCGAUGGCUGUGGCGGGGCUUCUGGUGGAACACAAUUCGGCAAGUCCCUAGCACCAGCGCCGGGUUGAUCAUUUUCGAGUUGGUUCGGCGCAAGUACGGACUUGGCAAUGAAGAGGUUCGCAUUAUGGGGGAUGGGUACGAUAUCCUACUAAACUAA